UAUGGCUCCAUUCGGCGUUCCUUUCAUAUGCAAAUAAGAGGGAGUUUCUUCCCGCCCGAAUUUGGACCGAUCAAGGGACCAAGCUGAAGUCCUGUACCGGCUAGUUACUUCUGAAGGAAUUCACCAUGGCAGCCGUAGUAGAAAGGCUUAAAGCAUUCCAUCAGUGGGCGGAGUCCACUUCAGACCCGCGGACCAAAGACUUGCCGUUCGUCAGUUCGCCCCUCCUCACCUAUGGCCUGGUGCUUCUCUACCUCCUGUUCGUGUGGCAGGGCCCCAAGUUCAUGGCCAAGAGAAAGCCUUUUGACCUUCGCUGGUUCAUGACGCCCUACAACGGUGUCCUCGUGGCCUGGAACGGAUACAUCUUUUACGAGUUCCUGAUGACCACCUUCCUGAACCCUGGGUUCAGCCCAGUGUGCCAGCCUGUGGACUACAGUCAGAACCAGACAGCCACUAGGCUGGCCAGGGCAUGUUACCUGUUCUUCCUCUCCAAGCUUGUGGAGCUGAUCGACACGGUGGUGUUCAUUCUGCGUAAGAAGACCAGCCAAGUGACAUUCCUGCAUGUGUAUCACCACGCCACCAUGCCCAUGUUGUGGUUCGUUGGAGUCCGCUGGAUCCCUGGUGGAGAAUCGUACUUCUCGGCUACCCUGAACUCCUUCAUCCAUGUGGCGAUGUACACGUACUACCUGCUGGCCGCCGUGGGGCCCAGACUGCAGCCCUACCUGUGGUGGAAACGGUACCUCACCACCCUGCAACUGAUCCAGUUUCUGGCCAUCAUAGUCCACACCUCCGUGGCGAUCUACCUGUCUUGCGGCUUCCCCAACGAGUACAACGUGGCCCUGAUCCUGUAUGGCAUCUCCCACAUCCUGCUUUUCGGCAACUUCUACAACGAGACAUACGUGGAUGCGAAGAAGAAGCGAGGACGGCGAUCAGAGGCACCAGCGGCCGCCAGGCCUGCUGAACAGACGCGCUACAACCUGCGACGACGGUCCACCCAACCGGGCGCGUACGCACAAUAACGCGGACCACUCUACAGACAACUCCAAAUUACGUAGGCAGCUAUCAGUGCAAAAUGUCAAACUAUCGUGAUUUUUGUGUGGUGUGUCUUCGAUACUUAAGUCACCACUUUUUUUUUUCCGAAUUACUAGAUUGUCUUUUGAACUUCAUAUGAAAUUCCUCUGUUGUCUCAAAGCAUUUCAGCUUUGAAGAAAGUAGAAUAUAUUUAUGAUAAAUGUGUGGAAGAGACGCUAUGUCUGAUUUUCUGUUUAGGUACCUGAUACUACAUGUAGGUGCCAUACCACAUCAGAAUUGUAUAUUGACAGAGCCGUGUCCUAACAAGUUUUUCAGAAUUAGUGAAAAGUCUCUACAAAUAUCAUAUCAUCACUGAUUCAGCUGGUCUUAACAUCUGUUGUGUUCUUAUCAUAUUUUUUUGUCAUUUUUUUGUUUCUUCCAUAUUUAAUCUGUAUACUUUUUAGAUGUCCUACUUGUCUUUGUGUCUGAAUGGAACAGACUGUACCUUCAUGGCCAUGUUGUCAUGUUUUGGUAAUAUCGAAAAAUAUUUUACAUGGUAUAGAUGGAAAUGUGUAUAGAUAUAACAUUUGUAGAUGUAGCAAGUGUUGGUGUGAGUGUUAUAAUUGUAAACAGGAGUCCUGAUUUACAUGAUUUAUUUUUUACUGUCACAUAUAGUGUGUUUUCAUAAUGAAUGAAUGUACAA